AUGGGAUUGCCAAGUGCUGAAGUCCGUAUUGUUCUGGUUGGGAAGACUGGAGCUGGGAAGAGCGCAACAAGAAACGACAUCCUGGGGACAAAAGCUUUUAAAUCCAAAAUGGCCUUUAUUUCUGUGACAUCAACAUUGGAUAAGAAAAAAGGAGAGAUGAGAGGGCAAAGUGCAGCUGUUAUCGACACACCAGGCUUGUUUGACACCAAGUUAACACGAGAUAAGGCACUGAAAGAGAUCUCACAGUGCCUGCUUUUCUCCGCUCCUGGUCCCCAUGUGUUCCUGGUUGUGAUCAAGCUGGGAAGAUUCACUGAAGAGGAACAGAAAACCGUGGAGAUGAUUCAGACAUUAUUUGGUGAUGAAGCAUCCAAAUACACCAUGGUUCUCUUCACACAUGGAGACCUUCUUGAUGAUGUAACAAUUGAAGACUUCCUGCAUGGAAAUCCAGAUCUGGAACGUUUAAUUGCCAAAUGUAAUGGGGGAUAUCAUGUCUACAAAAACAAAGAUCAGAAUCCGUCUCAGGUCACUGAGCUGCUUGAGAAGAUUAACAUGAUGGUGAAGAUGAACGGAGGAAGAUACUACACCACUGAGAUGUUCCAAGAGGUAGAGAGAGAGACUGAACAAGAGAAAGAGAGGAUCCUGAAAGAGAAUGAAGAGCUGACAUGCAGAGAGAUGGAGGAACUCAAGGCAAAGUUUGAAGGAGAAAAGCUGACGAGGAACCAAGAAGAAGAAAAUAAAGAGGUCCGGAUUGUUAUGGUUGGGAAGACUGGAGCUGGGAAGAGCGCAACAGGAAACACCAUCCUGGGGACAAGAGCUUUUAAAUCAAAAAUGUCCUCUACUUCUGUGACAUCAACAUGUGAAAAGAAAAGAGGAGAGGUGGGAGGGAAAAGUGUAGCUGUUAUCGACACACCAGGCUUGUUUGACACCAAGUUAACACAAGAUAAGGCACUGAAAGAGAUCUCACAGUGCCUGCUUUUCUCCGCUCCUGGUCCCCAUGUGUUCCUGGUUGUGAUCAAGCUGGGAAGAUUCACUGAAGAGGAACUGAAAACCGUGGAGAUGAUUCAGACAUUAUUUGGUGAUGAAGCAUCCAAAUACACCAUGGUUCUCUUCACACAUGGAGACCUUCUUGAUGAUGUAACAAUUGAAGACUUCCUGCAUGGAAAUCCAGAUCUAGAAAGUUUAAUUGCCAAAUGUAAUGGGAGAUAUCAUGUCUUCAAAAACAAAGAGCAGAAUCCCUCCCAGGUCACUGAGCUGCUUGAGAAGACUAACAAGAUGGUUGAGAUGACUGGAGGAAGUCAUUUCACCACUGAGAUGUUCCAGGAGGCUGAGAGAGUGAUUGAAGAGGAGAAGAACAGGAUCCUGAAAGAUAACGAAGAGCAGAGACGCAGAGAGAUGGAAGAACUGAAGGCAAGGUUUGAAGGAGAACGUCUAAAAGAAGAAGUAGAGAAGCUGAAGAGAAAACAGGAAGGUGAAGCUCGAAAGAACGCUGAGAAUACAAAACGCUUAAGGGCAGGUGCCGGGAUCGGAGCGAUUGUGGGAGUAGUUGGAGGCCCAAUCGGUAUGGCAGUUGGUGCAGCAUUGGGAGCUUCAGUGGGAGCUGGAGUAAAUGCAUGUAAAUUUCAAUGA